AGGGGGGUGGGGUGGGUUGGGCUAAAGAGCUUAGGGAGCCCCCGCCUUUCCCUGCUGUUUAGCGUCACGCGUGACGUCCGGGUGAUGGCUAGGAGGAAAGCUGAGUGCAGUGAGGAAGGCGGGUCUGAGAGCUGCUAGAGCCUGAAAAACCCCGGAAAGCGUCUUGGAGCAGCUGAGCCCUGAAGCUGAAAUGGGCUUGUGUGUGUUACCCAUAUUCUAUGCUCCUACAGCGGGAGCUCAAGAUAGCUGCCCUGGGUUUAGCUACUGCUGGUGAAUCAACCACAUACAUGCACCCCUCAGCGUGCAAAGUCUGCACCAGAAGAUGGGUGACUUGCCCUUAAAUAUUAACAUCCGUGAGCCUCGAUGGGACCAAAGCACAUUCUUAGGCAGAGCCCGGCACUUCUUCACGGUUACCGAUCCUCGAAAUCUGCUGCUGUCCGGGGAACAGCUGGAAGCUUCCCGCAACAUUGUGCAGAAUUACAGGGCUGGUGUGGCAACUCCAGGCCUCACGGAGGACCAGCUGUGGAGAGCCAAGUAUGUGUAUGACUCAGCAUUCCAUCCGGACACAGGGGAGAAGGUGGUCUUGAUUGGCCGCAUGUCAGCCCAGGUGCCCAUGAAUAUGACCAUUACUGGCUGCAUGCUUACCUUCUACAGGAAGACCCCGACUGUGGUGUUCUGGCAGUGGGUGAACCAGUCCUUCAAUGCUAUUGUGAAUUACUCCAAUCGCAGUGGAGAUGCUCCCAUCACUGUGCGGCAGUUGGGAACAGCCUAUGUAAGUGCCACCACCGGGGCUGUGGCCACUGCUCUUGGACUCAAGUCUCUCACCAAGCACCUACCCCCUCUAGUCGGCCGGUUUGUGCCCUUUGCAGCUGUGGCUGCUGCCAACUGCAUCAACAUUCCCUUGAUGAGGCAGAGGGAGCUGCAGGUGGGCAUCCCAGUGACGGAUGAGGCAGGUCACAGGCUUGGCCACUCUGUGACUGCUGCCAAGCAGGGAAUCUUCCAGGUGGUGAUAUCAAGAAUCGGCAUGGCCAUUCCUGCCAUGGCCAUCCCUCCAGUGAUCAUGAACACUCUGGAGAAGAAAGACUUCCUGAAGCGCCGCCCCUGGCUGGGGGCGCCCCUGCAGGUGGGACUGGUAGGCUUCUGCCUGGUGUUUGCCACACCCCUGUGCUGCGCUCUGUUCCCUCAGAGAAGCUCCAUACAUGUGACCAGGUUGGAGCAGGAGCUGAGAGCCCAGAUCCAAGCACAAAACCCCAGCGUCGAUGUGGUUUACUACAACAAGGGGCUUUGAGGGGAGUCGGCCUCUGUCCCUUUCCUUACCUCCUAAGGCUGCUUCUUUGGUGCCGCCUUGCAAUGCCAACACUUGUUUAUCUUCCGGGUACUGGGCAGAGGGGUUCAUGUGGAGAGCAGCCAGUGAGACCAGCAACCCCUUAGACUGGGAGAGGCACCCUGUAAGCCUCUUCUCUCCCCUCUGGUUUCAAAGAGCAAGUCACAAAACCCA